UCUCCAAAACAAACAACCAACACAAAAUUUCCAAGCGACUCAAAGAAAAAUACAUACAUACAAAGCAAAAGAGUAUUACUAUACAAAUGGAUGUGGUAGCAAGAUUGGCGUCACAAAGUGCAGUGGUGAUAUUCAGCAAGAGCACGUGUUGCAUGUCUCAUGCAAUCAAACGGUUGUUUUACGAGCAAGGCGUGAGCCCCGCAAUUGUUGAAAUCGAUCAGGACAUGUAUGGUAAAGAUAUCGAGUGGGCCUUGGCCCGGUUAGGCUGCAGCCCUCCGGUUCCUGCGGUUUUUGUCGGAGGAAAAUUCGUAGGAACGGCUAAUACCGUCAUGACUCUUCAUCUCGAUGGGUCAUUGAAAAGGUUGCUCAAAGAAGCUGGUGCUUUGUGGCUAUAGCACUUAAUGGAUGUGUUCUUGCUAUCUAUAUAUAUUAUGAUAUUUACUUUGACCUUUGAAAGUGUCUCCACUUUAUGCGCGAUUAAUUAAAGCAUAUGUGAAGAACUACUUUGUAUUUUGCGCGAUUAAUUAAAGUGUCUCCACUUUAUGCGCGAUUAAUUAGGAGAGAUCUCUGUCCAAAAGGGAGUCAUACUUUGUAUUUUGAAUGUUAUUUAUGUAUUGUGGAGGUUGGUUUAAUGAUUAACUAU